CUAAAAAAAAAAAAAAAAAGUGUGUCACAAUGCAAAUGCCGGAGUACAGCGGCGGCGGCGGUGACGGCAAAAAGUGGAACUACUCAAGUUCAAUGUGUUCGAAUUCGAAUUCCAAGUGCACCAGAUCGUCAGUGAACAACGCUGUAGUCGACGAUGACAGCGACAUAACAACAACAGUGACGACGACGUUAAAAGUGACUAAUAGUAGUUGUUGUAGAAGAAGUAUAAUGGCGGUCAGUGAAGCAGCAAUAGGAUCAAGAUCCGUAGCGACGAUGUUUAUUGUGUUCGCCUCGGUUUUACUUUUAAUUACCGUGACAGAUGUGCGUGCGUCAAGUAGUAGUAAUUAUGUUGUACCAACUACGCCAAUGACACCUGAUGUUGUCAGUUCUACUGUCAUUCCCGCCGCCAUUAUUAAAGAAAGUCAAAAUCGAAGCGCGAAUAGCAAUAACGGUAGAUGGUAUUCAAAAUUGUCAACGGGUAAUGAAUUAUGGGAUGGCAUCAUCCAGGAUUGUUAUCAUCGUCCAAUGAUUUCGUGCUUCCAAAAGAAUGUUUACACUUUCCUAGAUGGCGCUCUUGAUUCGAGUGACGUUAAUGUGACAGGUCGUUUGAAAUUAUUCAAAAACAAGGUGGAUUACACGAAAUACACAGUUGAGGCGAAUAAUGGUGAGCAACGUAACCAUCAGCAUGGUGAUGGUGAUGAUGAACAUUUGGAUGAAACGAAUGAAAUUCCAAAUGAAUCGAGAGCAGCUGAAUCACCAAUUGAAGAAGUAACAAAUGCACUUUAUGGAAAAAGUGUUAAAUUCGUUAUGACACACGACGUUGAAUUGAAAUUACCAGAAAUGGUAUUCGAUGGAGCAACAUUUAGAAUUUCACCGCGAUCAAUUGAAGGCAAUGGAGCUAUUGUCAAAUUGGAAUUAGUACCGAAGGCUGAAGUUGAAGCAAGAGACGCGGGGAAGUUCUUUAUCAAGAAGAAAAUACAAAAAUUCUUCAAGAGCAAACUGAUGCUGUCAUUCCUCGCACUAAUACUCAUUUUGAAAAUAAUUAAGAUCAAAAUAUUUUGGCUUUUGCCUCUAAUCGUUGGAGUUGGCACAGCCAAAAAGCUUCUACUCAAGUUCCUGCUUUUCCUCUUCCCAGCAUUAUCUCAUCUGUUCAAGCUGUGCUCGUACUAUCAGCAGGAAUACCACUCGACCAAGUAUCACCAUCAUCAUCACCUCAUCAACCAUCAUCAUACGAUUGUUCCACCUUGGCAUCAUGCUGAAGGAUCAGCGCAUAUACCAAAUAUUGCACAUGUAUCCCAUGGACCACCACCGCAUGGUCAUGGACAUGGCCAUGGCCAUGCACCAGAAAUCAUCUACACCGACCCGCCAAAAGUUCAUCCAUCUGCAUUCCUACAUGGCGCACAUGGUCAUGGUGGAACAACGCACGAUGAUUAUGGUGCAAAUGAUUGGGUCAGUUCUGGGCCAGGUUUAGGAUCAGAAUACAUCAGCGACAUAAAUCGGAGUGCCCAAGUUGAUGGAAACUAUUUUAAACCAAAGCCAGAAGACGCACACGAAUUACAUGCCUGGGGCUUGGGUACAACAAGCGAUCCAAAUAUCCAACAACAUUAUCAACAACAACAACAACAACGCCCACCACCACAACAACAACAACAACCCACUAGUCAAAACUUUAAUACACAUCCCUUCACAAAUGACCCUCAGUCUCAGAGCUUUGUCCAGGGUAAAGUUCGAAUACAAGGCCCAGUUUACGUGCCACAAAGAAGUUCCAAUGUUGCUCAGCAAGCUCCAUCACAAACAGCAGCACAAAUUGCCGCACAAUACGACCCAAACCGGAACAAGCAGAUCACACCUGAAUUAUCUGCUCAAGUAAAAGAAGCUUUGCGUAUCGAAGCAGAAAAACGAAUUAUUUCACAACAGCAAGAAAUUCUCGACAAACAACCAUUUAUUCAAGGUGGACCUCCGAUUAUGCCAAAGAACUACGAUGAAUUCUAUACACCGAUUCUGGAUAAAAUUGACAAAAUUCUCGGAAGUCUUGGAUUCGUUGAUAAUCACUGCAAGGAACGGCUGACUUGCAGUAUGUACAAGAAUCCAAUUCGUUUCAGUCCACAUAGCAAUUUCCUGUCAGCCGAACUGAGUCGAGAUACAAGUGAACUUCAGACACCGGAUGCCACAAAUCCCACUGUCAUUCGAUUCUAUAGACUUGUGGAUGCAGCACGAAAUGGUCAAGAACAAAGAGAUUGUUUACGUUUAUACGCUCAAUGUUCUGUUAAUACAGAACUUUAGACCAGCUUAUACUUUAAGUUUAAAU